AUGGGGAAUUCCCUGUCCAACACGGCGUUGUUUCGCCCCACCGAGCCAAGUUACGGAGAAGAGCUGCAAAACCUAGUGUACAUCCCCGAGCUACUGAACAUCGACGUCGAGAAAUACUGGGGAGACGAAACGUUCGAAAUAUUUAACAAGGAGGAAAAUGUGAAAGAAUUGCAGAAAAGGAAAUUUCCAGCCAUAUUUUUAUACUCCAAAACGUUAAGGAGUAAACACACCAUUAUGUACUUCCACAGUAAUUCGUGCGAUUUAGGACAGAUAUAUGACGAAAUGUGUAACUUGCAUGAACAUUUACAAGCUAAUAUACUCGCCAUAGAAUAUAUAGGGUUUGGAUUGUGUUAUUUGUGGGGUUCCCCUAAUCAGUACAAUAUAAACAGGAGAGCCCUAGCAGCGUACAACUUCUUAAGGUCAUUAAAUUUAAAAAGUGAACAAAUCAUACUUUUCGGAAGAUCCAUAGGCACAGGAGUAGCUACAAAAUUAGCAUACAACCUAAACAUACUUGGUGAUCACAUUGGAGGAAUUAUUUUACAUUCUCCUUAUGUAUCUAUCGAAAAAUUAGUAGAAGAAUAUUUUACCUAUUCUUCUUAUAUUAUUGAAAAUAUCUAUGACAAUUUUAAAAACUUGUCUGCGCUUAGUAAAGGUGACGAUAGUGAUACUCCUCUUUUGCUAAUUCAUGGAAAAGAGGAUGAAGUUAUUGGCGUCUCUCAUUCAGAGUUUCUGAUGAAGAAUUUGAACAACAAAUUCAAGACGGCCUCUUACCCCGCUGACUCCUACCACAAUUAUUACUACGUCAUUGAUGACCUCGGUGUGCCGAGCAAGACCUUCUUGGACACCCAGAGCAAAUCACGCCACGAAAAGAGUGUGGACAUAAUUGUGCCCAAUUCUUUCUUCAAAAAAGAGCUCGAGACACCCAAAGCAGCAACCGCAGGUGCAGCGCGGACGCAACUACAAACAGGCAGAAACAAAUCCGUAGGCACAUUUCCCGGACGGGACAUAGAGCAAAAGAAGAAAAAAAAAAACAUAGCAGAUAGUGAGAGGAAGAAGAAUAGCGUGAGUUCUCUGCCAACAAAACGCACCAAUGAAAACGAUUCGAAGAAAGGAGAAAAAGAGUAUAAAGAAAAAUGGGAAGCGAAAAAUGAUAAGCAUGUCGGGGGUGCCACACCACGACGUGGAAAAGACAAAAUGGGAACCAUCGAAGAGACCUUUUCCAAAAGUAGUGACAAAGAAGAGUACAAAAAAGAACCCCCAAAACAUAGGAACAAAAUUGACAUAAUAAUAUCUUCGCUAAGUGGUAACGGAUUAAAAAAUUUGAAAAAAAAAGAGCAAAAACAUAGGGAAGAUCUUAAGGGGACACCUAAAAAUGGUCUAAGAACCCCCAGGAGAGAUAAACUCAACGCAUCCGCACCCCCAUCGAUAUCAGCAUGUUCAACGGACAGUGUGAGUGAAAGGAAAUGGAGGAAAAAAAUACCAAGCGAUUCGAAAAAUAAAAAUGAGGAUUAUGGCAAGACUGAAAAGGGGGAACAUAAACGGCAGGCAGGGGAGAGGAAGCCUGGUGAUGAAGAACCAUACCGCAAGGAAAUUAAAAAAAAGGAAAUGCUAAACAAUAAAGAUACAUGUGACAGCACGAAGGACAUAAAAUAUAAUAAAAAAAUUUUAAGUGGUUGGAAGAAAUGCAAAGACGAAAGGAGCCAUCGGAAACACAAACCGGAUGGACAGCAUAAGGAUGAUACUGUCUCCACAAUUGAUGAAGAAGGGAAAAGAGAACACACUUAA